AUGCCGAUGUAUCCCAUCCGCCGCCGCCCGCGCGAGUGCAAGACUUGUCUGCCCUGCCGCGCCAGCAAAGUUCGCUGCGACCGCAACGUCCCUUGCAGCAAUUGCGUCAAGCGCAACUUCAACUGUUCCUACGGUCGCCCGCCCGCUUUCAAGCAUCCUAUAUCCUCCGCCUCUAUCACCGCUGACUCCACGCCGCAAUCCUCCUUCAUCUCCCCAGCGAUCCCUCCGAACUACUACCCGCCCCCGCGCGAUGCUUACGACGCCGCCGACGGGCCCUCUACGGCUAGCCCCAACUCAGACUUACCAGAGAUCGUCGACAUCUCGGAGGCCGAGUGGGAUGACAUUAAUACCAAGAUGGCUGCAAUGGAGCAGAUCCUUGGAAGUCUCCAUUCGCUGUUCAACUCACAUUCGUCCCGCAAACGAUACGAUGAUCAGCCCGCGGAGCGGAAGGACUCCAUACGGUCAGAAGGUGUCUAUGGGUCGAAUGUAUUGAGGACCGGUGCUGUCCACAUUGGCUCUCGGUCGGCUCUGGUGGACAUCUUGGAUAAAUCCAAAGGAUCCGAGGAUAUAGCGCAGGCGCUGCCCCAGGAGGAUCUACUUGCCGAUCUCGCCAUGGGUAAUGAGUCGGCGGCGUACCCAUUUGUGGAUCUGUGGUCUUCCGAUCCAUACACAUUUAAUAUUGCCGGAGUGUGUGCAGUGCUCCCCGACGAUGCGCAAUGUCAUCGGUUUCUGGGAUUCUAUAAAGAAAUAGGUGCCGUCUUGUAUCCCGUUUUACCAGAUCUUGACAUGGUUGAAUAUAAGGCGAACCGCUUACUCGAGGGGCGGCGUCGGGUUGGGGGUGUCUAUAAACCAGAUGCCAACGGAUUAGUCAAACCGUUCGGCAUUGACUUGCCUUUCUUCAGUCUUUUUUUCGCGGUUCUUGCCUCGGGCUGUCAGUUGUCGGAUAUGCGUGAGAAGGACCGCGAAUUGACUUCGUGGGUAUACGUAUCUUGUGCUUACCAGUGCCUGCGGAUGUUGAAUUAUGUCUCGCAACCCACCGUCGAGGUCAUUCAGAUUCUUCUCAUCAUUAGCAAUGUCCUUUCAUAUAACAUGAAUGCGGGUGCAUCAUAUACGCUGCUUGGCAUGACUGAGCGAAUGUGUCUCGUUCUCGGACUUCACGUCGAAUCCACCGGAUUCUCCGUUGCAGAGCAGGCUUUAAGGAGGCGCACUUGGUGGGCCAUGGCCUUCCAGAAUAGCCACUUCUCACUCGCCUAUGAUCGUCCAUCUAUCACGAUGGUCAGCCAACCUGAGAUCCCCUUUGAACCCAAGUCCAUGCCGGGGCAUCGGACUUAUGUCGAGACAUCUUGUCGCGUCGUAUCACUAGCACUGGAAGUCCUGCGUUUGCGCAUGGAUCCAAGCUCGGCACAACCACGCUUCCACGAUAUCCGAGAGUACAAGCAUCGCAUACACCGCAUGAUAGUAGAGGCCACACCCCACUUGCGCCAUUCGGACCAGUGCCGAACACUGGCCGACCACAUCGAACGAACCGAGUUGCGCUUGCACUCUUCUUACCUCCUUUCAGUCCUGUGCCGAGUAUCACUCGACCCGCACACGCACAUGACCGACUCGCAUCGAGCUCUGAUCCGGGAAGACUGUGUCAACAGCUUGAUCGACACGAUUCACGCCUUCGUCGAACUGCACGAGAUCAACUCUCACUGUUCCCGAUCAUGGAUCAGCUUGCAGAGAUCUAUUGCCUCGGCGUUCUUGCUCGUAGCCAACGAAGAUGGUGCCCAAAUAUGGGAUCUAAUCGACCGAUUAGAGAGGGUUCUGGCCGAUCACGUCUAUGAAGACGGCCACAAAAACCGCACCGACUCCGCGAAGCAUCUAUCUUCGUCGUUGCGCGCAUUGCGCGAAAUCCGGGAGGCUUUCCGCGCGCGCAAAAUAGGACCCAAGGUAUCAACACCCGGUCUUGCAUUGCCUCUGAAUCUGCCAUCCCCGCCAUCAGUUGAUACCAGCCCCGAGGUGCCGGUGACCAUGGCUGCGAACAACGAUAUGCUGCCCUUCGAGGACUGGAGCAUGCGAAACAUUCUAGGCCGGGUAUCAAAUGUGAUGUUAUUUCCGAAUAUGAGUGACAACCCCGUCCCCGGAGUUAUGUGA